GUGCGCGUGUGUGUGUAAGAAAAUCCCAGGUAAAGGUGUGUACGUGAACAGCGCGUGCUCGGUGCAGAGCUGUAACGUGUAGUAACAGGACCGACUCUCCCAGUACAAAUUCCAGAUGUGUGUUACACAGACUGAGAAUCCGAGUCGCUUUUAGCUCGUUUUUGAUGUUAUAGUCGUGUGUGUGUGUGUGUGUGUGUGUGUGUGUGUGUUUGAGAGAGAGAGAUCUGCAAUGCUGGGCACGUCGCGGAUUCUGGAAAAGGGGCCCGGGUACUUGAGGAAGCAGAUGGAGCUGGAGCGCGAGGGGAACGUGCGCGCGAGCGCAGCGGAGAGGCUCGCGGCCACCAAGCCCAACUACGUGAAGAGCCCACAGGUGACGAGUUCACCUUCCGCCCCCGAGCAGGUUACCGGUACAGCUUCCCCCUGCGGCCGAGGGUCCACCGAGCGGAGCGCACCAGCUCCCGGUACACCUGCUUCCGAACAGGAAGCAAAUCUCAUGAAGCGGAACAGCUCCAAGAAACGACCGGACUCGAUCUUACUGUACAGACAGAAGUGCGACCUGCAGAGAAGCUCACCGGGCGGGAACUACCGGCGCAAACGGACUUUACUCAAAUCACUGAGAGAGAGGAACCGCGCAGGCGCUCCGGUUUCAGCCGGUCAGAACCCUGACAGUUCAUCCGACACGGAACAAGCUCAGGCGGAAGAGGACGGGAAGGAUAAAGACAACGAUAACGGCCCGUUGCCCGAGCGCGUGAACGUGGCGAGGAGAGCUAUUGAAGCAGGAGGGUCCGAGUCGGAGCGCGCGAGGAAGGGGGUGUCGCGCUCGCACUCCGACAUCAGCUCGCGCUAUUCUAAAAACUUCGCCGACUUCGACUCGUUUUUCAUGUACUGCGGCCUCGAGAGCGACGUCGUGGAGUCCCUGGGCAGAGAAAACUUCUCCUCGCGCUCGGAUGAGCGUGAACUUUCCUACGCAAAGGUCCGGAGCGUAAGCGUGGCUACGUCAGACGGCGAGAUUUCACACACCAGCGGUGACAUCGACGGGCGUCAAGAGGAAGACGUGAAAGAGACUCGCCAACAAGGUUCGUCCGUCAUAGAGCGCAACGCCCGAGUGAUCAAAUGGCUGUACAGCUGCAGAAACGCAAGUGAGUCCGGGAAAACGCUGCGAGAUCUGGAUUAGUCCCGAAAUCCCGAACGACUAUGAACACUAACCCCGGGCGUUAAUUCAACGCCGCCGUCUUCGCCGAGCGCUCGUGAAGAAAUCGACAUGUGUCGUAGGAUGUCUUCGGCUCCACCUUGAAAAUCCUUCCAUCCAUCCAUCCAUCCAUCCAUCUUCUAUACCGCUUCAUCCUUUUCAGGGUCACGGGGAAACCUGCAAUGCCAGAUAACCUACUGACUGUUACACAAAGAGCUGAAACUGGAGACUCCUUCCAUACGUGCUUAAAUAAACAACUCUUUACAGAAUUCACUAUAUUAACAAGUCUAACACUUUUCUUUCUUAAAUUCCAACGCGUUCUUAAACGGCGUUUCAAAGAUUCCGCGGACGGUCUGCUCCCAGACAAGUCUCCGUGUAAGUUGUUACCAUAGAAACGAUAACGUAUUAGAACAAAACGCAUUAACAUAAACCGGCGAUUUGCAAUUAGAGCCAGCACGACCGUCAGAGCUACUGUUACAGAACAUUAAUCAACACCGUCUGACCGACCAGCUCCGAGAAUUCAACAGCGCUGCGGUAUGAAAUAUUUUCCGAGAGUGGUCAUCAACCCUGUUCCUGGAGACCUCCCUUUCUGCAGGUUUCAACACCUGUUUCAGCUGAUCAAGAACUUCGUUAGGCAAUGAUUAGACGGUCAGGUGGACACGAUUAUGGGUGGAGCUAAAGUCUUCAGGAAGGUAGAUCUCCAGGAACAGGGUUGCUGACCACUGCUUUACGACAUCUUCUACAUCAGUGUGCAGCUGGACCUUCUCAGAGACUUCUCGGUAAUUCACUGAAACUGGGAGAAAAGCCUCAGUGUGUUUCUCAGCAACGCUUCUUCUGACAUGCCAUCGAGAUCGAAACAUCUUCAGUAUGGACUCAUGGUUUUAUGAGACUUCUGCUUCUGCUAGUAUCUUCUCCUAGUGUACUACAGUCGCUUUUGUUUUGUACGUCCACUUAAAUUGCGUCGUAGCUGCACCCCACCCUGCAAGACCUCUUCUCGUACUUUCUAUUCAUUUACAUAUUAAUAAUAUAUGAAUCAAUAUAUCAUUUAAUAUAUUAAGAUUUUUUAUUAUUAUUACAGCCAUUAAAAGGAAACCAGCUCUUAAAUGUUUUAAAGUGACACCAUUUAUCAAACACAAGCGAGCUGCUACACGGUAGAUGUUUUGUUUUGUUUUGUUUUUCGCACCAUUCCGUGUAAACUCUAGAGAGUGUCGUGUGUGAGGAUCCCAGGAGACGGGCAGUUUCUGAAAUACUCAAACUGGCAACAACAACCAGGCCAGGAUCAAAGCCACCGAGAUCACAUUUUUGGUUACAGUUACAAAUCACUCCGUAAAAAAAACGAAGCGAUUCAUUAUUUAGGUAUUCAUCAGCAACGUCAUCCAAAUAUCGCGAUAUAUAAAAAAAUUAUGUAAUGCGAUUGUUUUUGGAUGACUCCAAGGUCAGAUAUGUAAAUAAAGUCAAGCGAAAAGCAAUACGAUCUAAAAAAUACUUUUAUUUAGAGCUUAAUGUAAGCUUAGAAAUAUGUUCAAUGUUUGGAUUUGUUUUUAAUGAAAUAAAUAAAUAAAUAAAAGAUUUUAAUUUCUUUAAAUUUAAGAUUUUUUUAUACGGUCCCUGAUGCGGGUAACAUCACAUCACAGAAGCUAGGGUGACCAUAUUAGAUAUUCUGGCUUUCCAAAAAGAGGACACCUUUCGUUCUUUUGUAACAGUGUUACUAUGAAUGCAGACUUUAAUACACUGAAAAAGACACGCUAUUAGCAUCGCAUAAAUAUAUAUCAAUCAAAUUAUUUCCACUCUGCCCACGUUUUACAUUUUUUUCCCUACAUUCUUCUGAAUGUCCAUGGAAUAAAAUUAAAAUAUCAGAUGCCACGAGUGAACCUUCUGCCAUCAUUUAUACAUUUAAAUGACCGUGUAAUACGAAGCGAUGUGAUAACAUGAAAAUUUUUUUAAAUGACCUUAUAUGGCCGUGGGCGUUGUUUCGACUCAAUACAGCUGGCAUCUGCUGCUAUUGUCAAGCUGACAGUAGGUUAAUGGUUCAGAGGCAGGAAUUUGACCAAUAGUUGCUGCGAGCCUUUUAUAAUCCACCAAUCGGUGUUUGAGAAGGCGGGAAUUACAGAGAGGGGUUAAAGCAAUGCAAACAUGGGCACACAUGAUGCAGUAUUAGACCAUAAGCACAUCAGAAUGAAACUAACGCCGCGGACGUUUUCUCAAAUUUAGACAGUGUUUUAAGGUCCGAAAAAGAGGACGUGUCCGGGAAAAAGAGGACGUACGGUCACCCUAACAAAAUAAUUUCAGAGAACAACGUGUGUUCAUUUCUAACAAAAAGAACUCAAAAUGCGACUGCACCAGGAGGUUGCUCACGUGAGUCACGACUGGCGAGAGAGAACCAGAACUAUAAUCAAGCAGCUGUCUAUAUUGUGUUAUGUCAAAAUAUUCAUUUUGUUGAUUUUAAAUGAAAAAAAUGUAAUCCUGAUAGUAUCCCCCCCCCCCCCCCCCCACACACACAAAAUGUACCUGUAAUACCUUUGUUUUUACGUAACGCCGUUACAUGUACUCCGUUACUCCCCAAGCCUGGCGAUGUUUGAGGCGAACAUUAUCUGAAGUCCUUGACGUGUAUCUGCACGACUUACACAUAAUACAUUGCCGUAGCGCGCUGCUGCCACAUCGCAUAAUCGCCUGAAUGAGCAACAGUACAGGUAUUCGUAUUAACGUGGCAGGGAGUGUAUAUGUGUAACUGUAAGCGUGAUGUUGUUUCGUGUACGUCUCAUGCUUCUGCUAUGCUUUAUGGUUUUUGGUGGACUACAUUAUCUUCUGCUUUGUCCUUUUCCCAAAAAAGAAAAAAGAAAAAAAAGAAGAAGACAUUUUUAUGCUCUACAAUGCUCUACAAGACUUCUUCUCGUACCCUUCAUUUUUGGCGCUUGGCGCUGAGCAAACAUUUGCCUGUGUUUUCUUUCUGCCCAUUAAGGAAAUAACCUUUAAAAAUCCACAGCUUUUGGCUGUGCGUUACCCACCCGUCUUUAAAUGUCUUCAUGUCAGUUGAAAUUCACUGAGCUCGUAACGACGUACCUACAAGUGUGUCAGCUGGGCUAUUUAACAAAUGCUUGGAAUAAAUAACGACCUUUUGGUGAGGGUUGGCUCUGUUCAUGUCAUAAUAUAUCAAUAGAUGGAAAAAGUGAAAAAUCCUUGUUACUUAUAGUGCGUUAUUAUUUUGAAUAUAAAGAAAUCAGCAUUUACUGCCCAAAUAAGCUGUUAUACAGGGUUUUUUUUUAUAAUUUUCUGGAAUUUUGCAUUGAAUAUACUGUAUGUCUAGCUGUGAACGUGAUUUUACUUCAAAACUAGACUACUAACAGACUGAAGUUCAACAGACAGUAACUGUGUGUUUCUGGAAUAUGGAAGAAUAUGACCCUGCAUGAACAGUGUUUACUUUUCAUUGUGUAAUACCUGUCGAGGAAGAAAGAAAGCCCAACCCAUGUCUGCGUGUGUGUGUUCACACCUACACGCUUACAUAUCACUUAUAAAACCGACCAUGUUCAUCGGCACUCUUUGGUCUACACUAUUUAAUUACAAAAGUAAUGUGCUGCUGAAAUGUCCGUGACUGAAAUAAACCCCACGGUGAGCAUAAUGAAGUGUGUGUGAAAGAUUUAUCUGAUGUGUUUACUUCUUACCUACUGAAAUUUCACUUUGCCUUUAUUGUAUAAAAGGUCCUAAAGUAUUGUGUAUGAAAUCCUUACUGUCUGGUUUGUUGGAAUAAAAUAAACGAUAUUGAAAAGCAGACUUGUAAAGAGAAGGAGAAGGAGAAUUGGGUAAAAAAAAAGAGAGAGAGAGAGAGAGAGAGAGAGAGAGAGAGAGAGAGAGAGAGAGAGAGAGAGAGAGAGAAAAGCCCUAGAUCACUAAUCUUUGCAAAAUCACAUGUUCAGACAUAUCCGUGCAGAGAUGCACAUGCUCUUACCAGGGUUUAGUCUUUCUGUCUGUUUCAUCAGUAAUAAAUCAUACCUGUCCAGACUUCCUAAAGUACAUCUGAUCAAGUCUUCACAAGUAUAAACACACACUAUAGACUCAAACAAGGGCCGAAAGCAAAAGAGUUUCAUGUUGUUUAUUUUUUCAGCUAGACUAAUAGAUUUCCUGUCUAAAAACCAGUCAUAAUCUUAUUAAUAAAACUUCUAUAGAACUAUAUACUUCUAUAUUCAUUAUCCAUAAACCCUUGAAUCUUACACCUCUUGUUUCAACCUGGCUCCUGAAUGAGUCGUAGUAUAAAGCAUUUGGGGGGCAUGUGCUCUCUGGAUAACGGCGUCUGACAAAUACCAUAACUGUAAAUAAUAUUGGAAAAUAAUCAACAACAAUGCAGCGUGAUGCGGCUCAGUGUGAGGUGGAGUUUCUUUUACCACCCUGAAGUUGCGUAAUGUUCUAUAACAGUAUUCUGGGAUGUGUUUUAGUCCUCUUUUACCACAGCAACUUGCCAAUGAUUACAUGAAAAAAAAAAAGAAAAACAUUUUAACGAAUGUAAUUUGUUUUUAUCCAUUUAUAGUUACAUUUUAUGUUGUGGAACAUCACUAUGGAAUAAGGGUUAUUUAAAAAACACAUUUUUUUUUUUUACCCAUUUAGUAUUGUGAAACAUCCACAAGGCAAGUCAGUUCCUGUUAUAUCUUGUGUUAUAAGAGCUAUAAACAGUUAUUUCCUCACCA